GGGAGCAUCCUACAACGCAGUGCUAGGGAAAUAGCUUGGUGAAAGCGUUAUGUACAACGCCUGUAGUCGACGGCUAUAACUCCUUUCAAGCCGAUGUUCACAAGCCAGAGUUGCCCUUGGCCGCUGCUUGUCGAUAUUUAGGUGGAGGGGCAGCGGCCACCGGUGUGCUGUUGCGAGGGACGACCGUAAUUCUUCGUUCAGACCAGAACACCACCUCCAUUAACAGUCAGGUCGUGUUCGGCCAGCACACUGAAACGCGAAGCACAUUGCACCGCGGCUAUUUUCUCCAGGACGUGUGGAAUCACGACUCGGCUUGAGUCAGGCUUGAGCCGGGGCUUGAGCCUGGGCUUGAAGGCGCGUCCGACCGACCGACAGACCGACCGAACGCUUCUGGUCGGCCGAAAGGGAGUCAGUCGGGUCAAAAUGGCGCCCCGUCGGUGCUUCACGGCCAAGGACAAGGCUCUCCUGUCCGUGCUUGUGAAGACGAAUCCCAUCCUGCAGAGCCACGCCGCCGACGCCACGACGGCGCACAAGAAGGCCAGGAAGUGGAAGGAGAUCGCGGAGAUUUACAACGCCAACUGCAAGGGCCAGAAGAGGAACGUCGAGCAGCUGCGGAAGUGCUGGAAAAACAUGAAGUUCAAGGAAAAGCAAUUCGCUGCGUCUGCCGCAAAUGCAGUCAAUAACGGAGGUGGAUUAUCCCAGUUGCAGGAUGCGAAUUCAUCGAGUGAAUUGGAUGAUCCAAUUCAUUUAGAGAGCGAUGAUGAACCCGAAUAUAUUUUACCAUCUGUUCAUGAUGACAGCCCAGACCUGAUUGAGAAUAGCAUGCAGGAAGAUGUCUUUCACAAAACUGGCUGUACCAUUGUGGAGGGUUUAGAGAAUGCAGUGAUUGUAGAGGAUGACCACAAUCUCUCGGACCACAACUCCCCUGCCACGUUUGUAAGGAUUCUGCCCAAGCCACCUUCUACCAAUUUACAAUCAAACGACAUAGGGGAGGACUCCAGGAUAGAAUAUUCUGCAGCCAGAGAGAUGUCUUCCCACAUAGUAGCAGACAACCUUUCAAGGCCAGGCUCAGCAAAUUCCAGUGCGAGUGAACCACAGCCGCCCAAACCCAAGCAGACACGCAAAGUCCCAAAGACAACGGUGCUCAAGUACAGCAAAAAUUCAGGUGAACUUAACAAUGGUCCCCUAACCACAAAAAUUACAGAGAAAAUUAUGUCAUCAGAAUACAAAAAGAAAAUGGAAUACUUAGACCUCAAGGUGAAGCUGCUUCUGGCCGAGGAAGAGAGAAAGAAAGAGAAACACAAGAAGGAAAUGUAUCUCCUAAAUACUCAAAUACAAUACUGGAAAGAGAGAAGGAGAGAUCUGUCUGAAGAUUUAUUUGUAGUGCCUUGACUCACGGAACAUUCUGUGUAUAUGUAUAUAUUGUAUACACAGUAUAGAUAAAUGUUUAUAUAUAUACUUAUAGAAAUAUAUCACACAUGUCAACAGUCUGUGUGUCUUACAAGAAAUUUUUAUUUUGUAUAUGUAAAUAUGUAAUCUAUAUAUUAUAUUUUAGAGAUACAGUUAGUAGACAAAUAAGUAUCCACUUACCAGUACAUAAAAAAACAAAACAAAUGUAAAAGCUAGAAUCAUUUUAUUACUUUGCUCUUCCAGUAGCAAAAUGUACUUGUUCACAAUGAACGUCCAUUUACUUGCCCUCAUUUGUAGGGAAAAAACUUGUUGCCGAAUGUAAGGGAUGUCUGUCUCAGUUAAUUUUCCAAAGAUGUGAUUUCCAUUUUGUAAAGUAUUUUUUUUUAGCAUAAUAACUUCUGUAUAUUAUUAUUAGCAAGGUAUUUAUAAGAUUAAUACAUAUAUAUCUAU